GAAGUACGCGUGAAUAGCCGCAACAUGAGGGAAAACACUGCACCGGUAUGCGCGUGUUUCAGAAUUACCUAAAUUGCAUAAGCCAUGCACCUCGAUACCUCUAACACGCUAUGAUGUAGUGAUUUCAAACAUCUUAUUUCUGCCUCUUUCUGUGACUACGCGUGGAUAUGAUGGGGCACGCAACGAGGAUGCGCCCGAAAACCAUGGCUGUACUUGCGUUGUUGUUUCUCCUGGCCACGUUGUGCGCAUCUUUUAGUAAGGACCCCUAUAAGGUGCUGGGCGUCAGCAAGGAUGCUGACGAUGCUUCAAUAAAGAAGGCGUACAAGAAGCUUGCACUCAAGUACCACCCAGACAAGAACCCAGGAGGCCAGGCAAGAUUUAUUGAAGUCCAGCAAGCCUAUGAGGUACUCUCGGACGCGGACAAGAAGCGCGAGUACGAUCUAGGAGGCGGCAGCAGCGGUGGAGGCUAUCAGCAUCGCCAACACCAUGGCUCGCAGGGGUACUCCAGGCAGCAUUACCAGCAGCAGCACCACUUCUACAACUUUCAGCAGCAGCAAGAGCAGCAGGAGCAAAUGUACCAGCAAGCGCUGCCUUCCAACACCACCUUCCUUACCACCUCCAACUUCCGGAGCCUCGUUUUCUUUGGCGGCCGGCCCUGGAUUAUGAUGGUGUACACGGAGAGCUCUGCCGCGUGCCGCGAGUUCGCACCCAUUUGGGAGGCGCUGUGGAAGUCCCUGGGGGGCGCACAUGCGGGUGCGGGCGCGCGGGAUGGCGCUGCCGUGGGCCUGGGGCGGGUGCACGCGCGCUUCCAACGCAGCCUCAUGCAGUGGGUGGCAAGGAGCGGCGGCCCCUUCCUGGGCGGCAGGUCGCUGGAGGAGGAGCUGCCGGUGCUGCUGGCGGUGCCGGAGGGCUGCCUGGACCCAACCUGCUUCGUGCGCUACCGUGGACCGCUGCGGCUGUCAUCACUGCAGGACUUUGCCGCCGACCGGCUGCUGCGGCUGCCUCGGGUGCCGCAGCUGGAGCCCCCCGCCGUGGCGGCCUUUUUGCGACGAGCCUCCCCUUACAAGGUGGUGGUGGUUGCGUUUGGGCGCGGCGGCGGCAGCGGCUCACUUGCACUGCGGACGCUUGCGACGCGGCAGCGGGACAUGCUGGUAGUGGCUCGGGCGCAUGUGCAGGACUCUGGCAAGUCCUCCGCGGCCGCCUGGCAGGAGGCUCUGGGGCUGUCCGCUCCGCCCGCUGCCGGCACGGUGGUGUUCCUGCGUGGCCCGGGCACCCCGCCGCGAACCCUGGUGGUGCCGCCGGGCAAGACGGCGGAGCUGCAGCAGCAGAUAGACCAGCAGGGCCUGCUGUGGCAGGAGGUGCCCCCGCUGCGCCCUGCCACCGGCGCCUCGCUGGGCUGCCUGUGGGGCCGCGCAGCAGCCGCCGCGGGCCGCCCCCUCAUCGAGACGUGCGUGGUGGCGGUGGGCACUCGUGGACCGCACAUGGAGGCGGCGCGGCGGCGGAUGGCGCAGCUGGGCUGGCAGCUGGCGGCAGCGGGGUCCCAGAAGCAGCGCGCCUCCCGGGUAUCAGCCGCUGCGAGCGCCUUCAUGGCGGGUCGGCUGCGUCUGACCUGGCUGGACGCCUCCUCGCAGCGGCCGCUCUGCGAGUGGAUGCUGGCUGACCCGGCGGCGCUCAAGGGCACCAACCCGGGGAAGGGGGCCGCCGGCGGUGGUACUGGUGGGGCGGGGAAUGCAGCGGCCAAGGCUGCCGAUCUGCGCCGCGCUGUCUGCGGACCUGGCCCAUGGGACGUGUGGGGUCGGGCGACGGAGGCAGCAGCGGCUGCAGCGGACUUUGCGGGCCUCCCAGCCCUCGCGGCGCGCCUUCGCCCAAACGCCGCCGUACAUCUGGUCGUCUUCCGGCCCUCUCUGGACAGCUCGUCUUGGUUUCGGAGCGGGGCUGCGCAUUUCCGGGAAGGGCGGCGAGUGUUCCUGCAUGCGGUCAACGCAGACGUUGACCUUGCCUCACCGGCUUUUGGUGGCGGCAGCGGCGUGGCGGGGGCCCCAGAUGGGUCGGAAUCGGAGGCCCUGAUGGACCUGGCGGCCUGGGUCAACCAGCUGCACCGGGAUCCGGAUCGGCACAUGCACGCCAGCGCGGUUUUCCCGCCGGACCUGCAGCCGGACGAUGAGCCGAGCAGUGUGGAGUUUGUAACAAGCAGGCUGUACGACGGCGUCCUUGCGCUGCUGCAGUACAUGACGGGUGAGAGCGACGGCAGCUCCUCGCAGUUUGGGUCGGAGGUCACGGUGGCGAAUGUGGCGCUGGCGGCGUUGCUGUUCUUGCUGGUGCAGCUGGCAGUGCGCAGGGGCUUUGACAACCUGUCAGGUCGGGGCGGCCAUGCGGCUGCUGGCAGCCCUCGGGGUACGGCCACAGCGCGGCAAGCGCCGCCGUCUGGGUCCACCCGCCCGGCACCGUCCGAGGAUGAUAUUAAGGCUUCCAAUUUAAGUCGUGAGGCAAAUACAACGGCGGCAGACGUCGACCGCGGCAGGCGCAGCAUUGGGGAGAGGGUGCCUGCCAACAAUGAGCAGACGGCGCCGGUCAACCGGCGGGCUCAGUCGCCUUCAUGGCGCAGCGGGCGGCGCGGCGACACGCACGGCAGUGCUGAAGAGGAGGCUAGCGAGAAGCAGCACGGAGUGGCGGAGGGCCCCGCUGAGAGCAAUACAAGGGCGAUGCGCGCAGACUGUGAAAGGGCUUCAAUAGGGCCCAAGACCUCACCCAUGCACGGAAAUGGCGGGAGGCGUGUUAGUGGCACGACAGGCGUCACGCCGGCAAGCAGUGGUCGGCGGAGAGCCGGCGAAGAGGAGCCGCGCAGGAAGGACGCAGCAGAGACCCAAGGGCAGGGAGGCACUCAUGACCCCUCCCAUUCCGCGGGCGACCGCUCUGAGAUCGAAAGUCCUGCAUCGAUGCGACAGGGCUCCGCUGAGAGCACAUCCGGCUCGGGGCAGUCCGAGGCUGACGUCGCUGAAAGUCGUAGCGAAACGGCGGAUGAUGGAAGGCAAACGGCCUCGGCGGCCGAAAGGUCGGCAGACGAAGGGAUGGAGGAUGGCGGCGAUGACGGUUGGCUAACGGUAGGGCGCCUUAAGAGGGCAGGUGAUGAAAUGACUUGACGUGAGCCGUCCAGGUCACCGAAUAGCUGCCAUGUCUGCAGGUCGUGGUACGUGGAAAGUAAGGUUGCGGCGUGCGAACAGGAGUGUGGCGUUUAUCCUUCACGUUAGCCACUACACGCGAUCCUGGUUUUAACCUGUAUUCGUGCGAAUGAGGUUUACGUCUCCCUCAACCUCUUGAGCGGUGCAACCUACAGUAUAUGGCUACAGUCCUCAGGCUAAUGAAGCUUAGUCUCGCUUUAGUAUUCAUUACACGUGGGAUAGUAUUAUACCUUCAGGGUGCUGUUGCACUUCCCGUUUCUUGCCGUACUCCUUACGUCCCUGUAACAAAGCCAGCGUCG